AUGACUGACAAAGCAUUGUCAAUGCUGUUAGAUUUGUUGGGGGAGGUGCUUCCAGAGCCAAAUACAUUGCCAAAGAAUAUGUAUGAAACAAAGAAAAUUAUCAAAGAUUUGGGGCUCAACUGCAAUAAGAUUGAUGCCUACCCAAAUGAUUACAUGUUGUUUCGGAAAGGAGCAGAGAAAGCCACAUCUUGUUAUAAAUGUGGGGCAUCAAGAUAUUCAAGUAAAGGAAAGAAAUUUUCGGCUAAGACAUUACGUCAUUUUCCUUUAAUCCCAAGGUUGCAGAGGUUAUAUAUUUUAUCCAAAACCUCAUUUAAUAUGAGAUGGCAUCAUGAAGAACGUACAAAAGACCAAAGGUUACGACACCCAGCUGACAGUCAAGCAUGGAAGGAGUUUGAUAGAUUGCAUCAACUUUUUAGUGAGGAGCCUCGUAAUAUCAGACUCAGGUUAGCAAGUGAUGGAUUCUACCCAUACAAGUAUAUGAGAUCAACUCAUAGUGUAUGGCCUGUUGUGGUGAUGCCUUAUAAUUUGCCGCCAUGGAUGUGCAUGAAGCCAGACUACUUCAUUCUUACUUUGCUUAUUCCUAGACCAGAACAGCCUGGGAAUGAUAUAGAUCAUAUGCAGUCCUCUCAGGAUGGAGUACUAAAGGUGCUUAUGCUUGUCCAUGUUACAACAGUGAGACUUCCUCAUUGGCUAAAAUAUAGCAAAAAACAUUGUUAUUUGGGCCAUCGUCGAUUCCUUCCACAAGAACAUCGAUUUCGAAGAGACAAAAGGAGUUUUGAUGGCCUUGAGGAACAUAGACUCCAACCAAAGCAACUAUCAGGGAAUGACAUAUUGGAACAUUUACAAUAUGUUGAUUUUCCUCCAUUUGGUAAAGAAAAUAAUAAACAAAGUGGGAAGAAGAAGCAAAGGAGGUUAAAACAGCCAGAGCUUCCAUACAACUGGAAGAAGAAGAGUAUAUUUUUUGACUUGCCAUACUGGAAAGAUAAUCUAGUCCGUCACAAUUUAGAUGUGAUGCAUAUUGAGAAGAACGUCUGUGAUAAUAUCGUUAACACUUUAUUGGAUCAAAAAGAAAAGUCGAAGGAUAACGUGAAUGCACAUUUAGAUUUGAGAGACAUGAAAAUACGAUUAGAUCUUCAACCAAAGGUCAUUGAAGGCAAGAAUAAGUUGUUCAUACCUCCAGCAAGCUACACAAUGUCUACCACUGACAAAGAUUUGUUUUGCGCAGUUUUAAGGGGUGUAAAGGUUCCAGAUGGACUUUGUAGUAAUAUUUCACAGUGUGUGCAAGAACGUAAGAUUAUUGGAAUGAAGAGCCAUGAUUCUCAUAUUAUGAUGCAACAACUUCUUCCAAUUGCAGUGCGUAACAUAUUGCCUAAGAAUGUCAGCAUUGUAUUGAUAGAGGUUAGUGCAUUUUUUCGAGAGUUGUGUAGUAAAUUUGGGAAGGAGGAAGACUUCAAGAGGCUUGGUGAAAGUGUUGUCUUAACACUAUGCAAGAUGGAGAGGAUUUUUCCGCCUACAUUCUUUGAUGUUAUGGUACACCUGAUUGUUCAUUUAGCCCAUGAAGCUAGCUUGGCUGGUCCAGUUCAAUACCGUUGGAUGUAUCCAAUAGAAAGGUUUCUCAAACGAUUGAAAGACUACGUGCGUAACCCUAGUCGGCCAGUGGCAUCUAUAGCAGAAGGAUAUCUUGCAAAUGAGUGUUUGACCUAUUACUCUAGAUACCUUGAAGAUGUGGAAACAAUGUCAACUAGACUACCAAGAAAUGCGGGGUCAACAGAAACAUACGAUCCAUCUUCUAUAUUCUCAAGAGCAAGUAGGCCAAUAGGGAAGUGCGAGAUGAUACGACUCGACAUUAUAGAAAGGGACCAGGCACAUCGGUACGUGCUCAAGAACUCUAAAGGAUUAGAAGAAUAUCGUGAGUAA